UUUUCUCUUUUUUUGGAGUGACAGCUGAGCGCCUGGUGACAGCCCACAGCACACGGGACGGCAGCCCGCAGAGCCGAGCCGAUACGCAACAUGGCAGGUCUAUCUUUAUACUUCGAAGAUGGCCAUGACGAUCUCGACGAUUUUGGAUUUGAUGACUACGGUUCAGAGUGCGACAGCAUCCGGAUCACGGCAUUCCUCGACGCGGGCCAGGACAACUUGACGCCACUUGGAAGGCUAGAAAAGUACGCCUUCAGUGAAAAUGUCUUUAACAGGCAGAUUGUGGCUCGCGGGCUGCUCGAUGUGCUCCGUGAGUUCAGCGAUAACGAAAAUGACUUCAUCAGCGUCAUGGAGACGGUCGCCAGAAUGUCCGAGGAUGGAGAGCCGACGGUGCGAGCCGAGCUGAUGGAGCAGGUCCCGAACAUCGCCAUGUUCUUACACGAGAGCCGGCCCAACUUUCCCGCCGCUUUCUCCAGAUACUUGGUACCUAUCGUGGUCCGCUAUCUGACGGAUCCCAACAACCAGGUGCGAAAGACCAGCCAAGCGGCGCUGCUCGUGCUGCUGGAGCAGGGCCUCAUCUCAAAGGCCGACAUGGAGACCAAAGUUUGUCCGGUUCUGCUAGACCUCACAGAACCCAGCAGCGAUGACGAUUACAAGAUUGAGGCGGUUGCUAUCAUGUGUAAAGUGGUGACCAUGCUGAGCAAAGACACAGUGGAGCAUCUCUUACUGCCGCGAUUCUGCGACUUGUGUAGUGACGCCAGACUCUUUCAAGUGCGCAAGGUCUGCGCAGCCAAUUUUGGCGAGUUCUGUUCAAUUGUAGGCCAGGAAGCCACAGAAAAACUACUGAUUCCCAAGUUCUUCGACCUGUGCUCAGACAGUCUGUGGGGCAUCAGAAAAGCCUGCGCCGAGUGCUUCAUGAUGGUCUCCAAUUCAACCUCACCUGAAGUGCGACGUGCAAAGUUGUCCCCGCUUUUCAUCAGCCUCAUCAGCGACCAAUCCCGCUGGGUGCGGCAGGCUGCUUUUCAGUCCUUGGGCCGCUUCAUCUCCACCUUUGCCAACCCAACCGGCGCAGGCCUUCACUUCAGAGAAGACGGAGGGCUACUCGCCGUUAGCAGCGACUGCUCCUUGAACUCCCUCAACUGCACCGACAUCGGCUGCCGUCGCACGGAAAGGGCAAUCGCUCACACGCCUCCGAACCAAGAUGGCCGCGCAACGCCGUCGCCGGAGCACGUGCCGGCGGCCGAGGAGCUGAACUACGACGACAACAGCCACACGUUCACUCACGAAGAUACGCUCGACAGCUCGGCGCCUUCGGCCAACAACGCCAGAAACGUUAAAGACACCACGCAGGCGGAUGACAACUUUAACUCCUUCCAUUUUUGGAGGCCUCCUCUACCAGACAUCAGCGGCGAACUGGAGCUGCUGAACUGUCAAAUGGGGGAGAUGAUUGACAAGAAGAAGAAGAAAAAGAAGAAGGAGAGGAAAGAGGAACAGAAAGAUGCAGAAGAGCUUGGAAGUCAUCCUGAUUCCAAGGUCAGCUCUGGUAAGACUACCAGCGACCAGAUCCAGAUGGUCUUGGACCGUCUGCAGCCACACAUGGAUGACCCAGAUGUCCAAGCUCAAGUUCAGGUAUUGUCUGCGGCUCUGAAGGCAGCUCAGCUGGACAGCCCGUCAGACGACAGUCCCUCGGAAAGCCAGCCGGCCGACUCCCCCGCCGACGGCCCGCUCGUUGAGAGCAAAUCAGUGGAGCUUCAGACCGAAGCCGACGAGGGUCUCGCGGAGGAGGCGCAAACGACGGAAAGGCGCUCUGUCGCCGAAACGAGUCCGGUGCAGGAGCAAGGAGACGAGGAGACGCAAACGGACCCCCAGGUGGAAGAGUCUCCACCUGACUCCCCAUUUCUGGUGUCUGAACUCAUUGAGAGUGUGGAGGAAGAGGGCAAAAACGAUUCCGUGUGUGAAGACAAGCCUAAAGUCCAGAAUGUUAUCCCCCAACAGCUGUUGGAUCAGUACCUCUCCAUGACUGACCCGGCACGGGCUCAGACGGUGGACACGGAGAUAGCCAAGCACUGUGCCUUCAGCCUGCCAGGCGUGGCGCUCACUCUGGGCCGGCAGAACUGGCACUGCCUCAAGGACACGUACGAAACGCUGGCCACCGAUGUCCAGUGGAAAGUGCGGCGCACGCUGGCGUUCUCCAUCCACGAACUGGCGGUCAUCCUGGGUGACCAGCUGACGGCGGCGGAUCUGGUUCCCAUCUUCAACGGCUUUCUCAAGGACUUGGACGAGGUCCGCAUCGGCGUACUCAAGCACCUCUACGACUUCCUCAAGUUGCUUCACGCGGACAAGCGGAGAGAAUACUUGUACCAGCUGCAGGACUUCAUGGUGACCGACAACAGUCGCAACUGGAGGUUCCGAUACGAGCUGGCAGAGCAGCUGAUCCUGAUCAUCGAGUUGUACAGCCACUACGAUGUGUACGACUACCUCAGGCAGCUCGCGCUCACGCUCUGCUCCGACAAAGUCUCAGAAGUCAGGUGGAUUUCCUACAAGCUGGUGGUGGAGAUCCUCCAGAAGUUGUACUCGAGCGGUGCCGACGAUUUGGGCGUGAACUUCAUCAACGAGCUCACCGUCAGGUUCUGCCAUUGUCCCAAGUGGGUGGGACGACAAGUCUUUGCCUUCAUCUGCCAGGCGGUGGUGGAGGAGGACUGCAUGCCCAUGGAUCAGUUCAGCCAACACCUCCUGCCCAGCUUGCUCAGCCUCUCGUCGGAUUCGGUGGCCAACGUGCGUGUGCUGGUGGCUAAGGCCUUGCGACAAAGCGUCAUGGAGAAAGCCUACUUCAAAGAGACGGGCUGCCCCUCGUUGGAGGAGCUGGAGGAAACGGUGAUGGCGCUCCAGUCGGACAAGGACAGGGACGUGCGCUUCUUCGCCAGCCUGGAUCCCAGCAAAGGCCUGACCAUGGACACGGCCCCCCUCAUCUAGCCUCAGGGCCACCCGCCUUUACCAGCACACACAAAGCGACUCACCUCACAACUACUUCAAAAAACAAGCACACACAUGCACCCUACUGCUGCUGCACACAAAAGCAGUUUGGAGAAAAUGAGCGGGACUCAAAUGGUUUUUUGUUUUUUUUCUCCCCCUUCCACACUAACAAGCUUGACUCUCGAAAGCUAACUGUGAGCUUUGCAUUCAGCCGAUUGUUUUUGUAUUUCUCUGCUCCUUUUUGAGCAUCUUAAAGGAAGGAGCAGGCGGCGUCGGCCCGGACGCUCGCACUAACUCAGGGGGACUCGAGCUACACGCCGCCAUUUUGGACCCAAACGCCUCAUCUUCCACCUCCUCCUCCUCCUCCUCCUCCGUUUACCAAAACAACAGAAAAUGUGACGACAAAAUACCUCCUGAAAGUGGCCGGCCUCCUUCUGGUGAGCUGAUAACAAGCAUGGUCCACAAGGGCUGGAGCACAUUGUAAGCAUUCCCCCCCCCCACCCCCCCCCACCCCAAAUUCCCUUUUUUGUGCUGUCAGUGGAUCUGAUUGAGCGCUUGUACAGUAGCGUAAAAGACUUCCCACCUUGUGGCGGAACGAUCAAGCUUUCAGGCUUUUGCCUCCAUUUUGUGUACAGUUUUACAACCUGUGGAUAAAGUAUGAUGUGACGGAACCACGGCCAGUGUAGUGAGGGGUUUGAUUAUUGGGUUGCCCUUGUCGGUCCUUGUAAAUGUUUUUUUUAAUGAUUACAUUCAUUGACUUAACUUGAGAACUAAUUGUGUGCGUGCACAUGGCGAUAAUGGCGGAAUUGACUCAUCUCGUAUGUCAAGAGUUUUGUUGUCCAUCUCAUUUUUUUACGUAGUAGAACAGUUAAUAUAUACUGUACAUUUUAUCGGAAAUUAUUUUUCUUCUCAAUUAUGCACCACUGUUCAAAGAUUUUAUAUCCUAACUUUACAAAAUUUACAGACCUUUGUAAUAUUCAAUGGUUUCUUUCAAAAAGACAUUUUAUGUAAUGUUAUUUUUAGUACUCUGUAAUUAAAAUGAUGAAAAUCUUUUUUCUGCUUUAA